UCUCUCUCGCCCAGGCGAUGCGGAACUGCAAAAUAUCCGACCCGACUCACCACCAUGUCCGAAAGCGAUGACAACGAUGUGUUUGGCAUCAGCCAAGACCUCGUCCCGCCCGCGGUCAUCAAGUCCGCUGGUGUCUCCGAGGUAGACUUCGACGGCCUGUUGUCUCCACCUCUCAAGCUCCAAGAAGACCUAAAGAACGGCUGUGGCGGACAACUGUGGCCGGCGGGUAUCGUGCUAAGCAAGUAUAUGCUGAGGAAGCACAGAGCUGAUCUUUCAGGGAAGGAGAUUGUCGAGCUCGGAGCCGGAGGAGGAUUGGUUGGCCUCGCGGUAGCGUUGGGCUGCAAAACGACCACAACACUCCACAUCACGGACCAAGAACCUAUGUUCGGACUCAUGAAGCAGAACAUUGCUCUCAACAACCUUGACUCAAAUGUCGCCGCCUCAAUAUAUGACUGGGGAACACCAACUCCACCAGAACUCCCCAGACAACCGGACGUAAUCCUGGCCGCCGACUGCGUCUACUUCGAGCCCGCAUUCCCGCUCCUCCUCCAGACGUUGAAAGAUCUGAUCGGCGAGAACACAGUAUGCUAUUUCUGCUUCAAGAAGAGGAGAAGGGCGGAUUUGCAGUUUCUGAAGGCUGCGAGGAAGACAUUCGAUGUGAAGGAGGUGGAUGAUGAUGCAGAUAAGGAGGUGUACUCGAGAGAGAACCUCUUCUUGUAUCGAUUAACGAAGAAGCCUGGAGAGAGGCGUUAGACCAAUGGAAAACUCAUGCCACAGUCAGUGAUAGGUGCCCCGGCUUUUGGUGACAAA